AUGGAUAGUUUAAUAAGAAAAAUUAUACCUGUGGUACAUGAAAAAAUGAAUGUAUCUAUACCAAAUGUCUCAACAUGGUUUAAUGAAAUGGCUCCAACAUAUGUAACUGUUAUUAUCUUAAGUUUAAUAUUUACAUUAGUAAUAUUAAUUAUUGGUUGUAUUCAAUUAUAUCAUGUCUGGCAUUAUGUUAGUAUUGAAGUUAUACAAGUAGAUCUAUAUUGGUUAGUAUGCUGUUCACCGGUGGCUUCAUUGUCAGCUUUUAUGGGAAUGUUGAUUCCUCGAGCAGCAGCAUUUUUAUAUGCAUUUGGUUUAGUUUUUUUUAUGCUAUGUCUUUUCGUUGUCGUAACCUUAAAAUGUAAUUUAUUUGGAAAUCGUUCUAAAAUGUGUGAAUAUUUAAUUCACCAUGAAAAAAAAAUGAAAUUAAAAGUUUUUCCAUUUUGUUGUUGUUGCAGUUGUUUACCAUCAUUUGAACCAAAUGAAAGGAAUGUAAGAAGAAUGGAAUGGCUUAUAUUUCAAUCACCAUUAUUAAGAGCAUUUUUAGAAAUUAUUAAUAUAGUUGUAUAUUUAGAACUUAAUCAUAGAGAACAUGUAUGGUUUACAAUUUCUAGUUUAGUAGGAAUUUCAUCAAUGCUUGUUGCUAGUUAUGGUACUUAUAUUGUUAUUCCUUUAGGUAGUGAAAGACUUAAUGAAUGUAAAUUUAACUAUAUCUUUAGAUAUAUUGAUAUUAUUCAGUUUGUUUAUUCUAUUCAAAAGUUUACACUUGAAUUUGCAGGAAGUGUUGACAUUAUUAAAGAUGGACCAAUAUUACCAUCAUCAUCAAAAGCUUUAUUUUGGACAUCAUUUCUUAUAAUUUUUGAAAUGUUUAUAUGUGUAAUUUAUUUAACAUAUGCAUUACAUCCAUCUAAAAAUGUUAUGUUUGAUAAAUAUAAAUGUAAUAGGAAUACAAAAUUUUCUAAUCGUAGAAAUUAUAUUAAUAGAUCAUUAAAGUAUCAAAAUGCAAUAUGUAAUAUUAAUAAAAUAAAUAACAAUGACUCUCCAAGUAUGCCUACACCUAUACAGGUAUUAUCACCAGAAGAUCAAGAUAUUGAAUCUGUCAAUGAAAGUACAUUAGAUAGACCAAUUGACUUUAGUCAAAAAAAGUCAGAUUUUCAUGUUAAUCAUGGUUUUAGUACUUUAUAG